CUAGACAUUAGAGGUUGAAGCAGCAAACAUUAAAAACCAUGUCGAACAACAUCUACUACGGUAACAGCUCAAGUGACAACUGCACCAACGUGGAUAGUCUCAUGAAACGCUACUACCUGCCUUUCACAUACAGCACCAUCUUUAUCAUUGGUGUAGUCGGUAAUGUGACCGCUCUGUUUGUCUACGUGUUUAAAGUACGUCCCUGGAAAAGCAGUACUAUCAUCAUGGUGAACCUGGUCAUCACUGAUCUACUCUUCAUGAUCAGCAUGCCCUUCCUGGCUUACUACUACUCCCAUGAUGACUCGUGGACGCUUGGCAUCCUCAUGUGUCGCUUUACUCGCUUUAUGUUCCAUUUCAACCUCUAUGGCAGCAUCCUGUUCCUCACUUGCCUGGCCAUCUUCCGGUACGUGGCCAUCGUGCAUCCAAUGCAUCAGCUCAACAUGAAGAAAAAGCGUUGGGGCGUGCUGGCCUGUGUGCUGGUUUGGGCCGUGGCGUUGGCCGAGAUAAGUCCGAUUUUUAACUUAUUCGACAUGGUGACCCAAAACAACAAGACCUACUGCCUGGAUCUCGCAAGCAACAGGAUAGAAGUGGUCUGGUUGUAUAGUUGGAUGUUGACUGUCCUAGGGUAUCUGCUUCCCCUAGUCGUGGUCUGCUUGUGUUACUGCCGCAUCAUGAAAGAGUUAACCAAGGGUCCUCACACUGGAAGUAGGACACGUGUACGAGCGAGAAAACUCAUUGUGUUGAUACUGACGUGCUUCACAGUGUGCUUCUUCCCCUUUCAUGUGCUGCGAGCAUGGAGAAUUUACACACGAACCACUCCGGAAGUUGACUGCAUGUUAGACCACUGGGUGCAUGCUGCAUAUGUGAUAUCAAGACCCAUCGCCGUUCUUAACAUCGUUUUAAACCUGCCGCUUUACACGUUGUCAGGGGAUGGCUUUAGGCAGGCCUUCAUGGAUCUCUUCAGAUGUAAACAACUCAUGGCAAAGACUAAAGAGAUAAUGAAUGUGGCUGUAAUCAGCAAGCCAACAUCCAAAACAUAAAUUGUGAUGUGAGCAACUGAGACUUAAAUCAGAGUUUAGAUCAGAAUUUAUCAAAUCAAUUGUUCUGAUUCUAUAUUCUGAUUGGAAGAACCAUGUUUGUGUGAGAUGUCUGAUAAAUGCACAACUGUGACCACAUAUUCUAUAUUAAUAUACCAAGGUGAUGCGCUGCUUGGCAACAUAUGAACUACUGUAUAUUACAUGGCAGACGAAUUAUUAAUUUAGAUUAUUAUCAUUAAUUAAAAUAAACUUCUUACAGGAAUAGUUCACCCAAAGUGAAAAUUCUCUCAUCAUGCCAUCCCUGAUGUGUGACUUUCUUUCUUCUGCAGAACACAAAUGAAGAUUUUUAGAAAAUAUCUAAUCUCUGUAGGUCCAUAUUACUGUUGCUGCCAUCUGAUAUUAUGCAAAAACAACACUAAAGCGUUCAGUUCUAAGUCCAGUGACUGCUAUGGUAGAGUUGGUAUCAGAUGGUAAUACCAUGGUACUUUUAUACAGUACAUACAUGAUAUAGGCCUAUAUUUCCCCCAAAACAUGGUAAUGCAUUGGAACUGUUUGUAAGGCUACUUUAAUUGCAUUAGUUUAGUGGAUUGAUGCUCUUUUGUUUGGAAACAAAAACAUUUAUCAAAUCAGUUGUUCUGAUUCUAUAUUCUGAUUGGAUGAACCAUGUUUGUGUGAGAUAGCUGAUAAAUGCACAACUGUGACCACAAAAGAUGCUCUUUUGUUUGGAAACUGUCUUUACCUGCAGUACACAGUUGUUGACAAGUUGCACAUGCAGGUGUUGAACUUAAUGAAUGCCUUCUUAGUCACUGCCUAAUGGAUUGAAGAGUCUCAAUUCAUCGAGCUAUGUUUGCUCCAAAACUAACCAGUCCGUGAGAUAGCUGUUUGAAUAAUUCAGACUAAAUUGUGAACCGUUUGUCCAACUCAUUAAAAAAGAAUUGACUCAUGAGUAGUUUGCAAAUCGGCAUCGAAAGUUCUGAUCAAAUCAGCCAACAGAAAUAUUGUACACACAACAUAAUUGCUGAAAUAUUGUAAGGGGAAAAAAAAAAUAAUUGCAGUACACAACAAUUUCCCUCGUCAGACAAGGAUCUUUUUUCUUUUUACAGAGGCAGAGCAGAAUUUUACCAUGGCUCAUGGCCCUGCUAAAAAUUGAAUCAGUCAAGUCUUAGUCUGUCUUACAUAACCUGACUGAAUUGGCUUAUUGUUCUUGUAGCUGCCUGAAUGGAAUCAAACUUGUUUGUCAAAUUCAUCAGAAAAAGAAAAAAAAAAAACACCUAUUGAAUAGCAGCAUUCUAUAACACCAACUUCCUUUUAAUCCUAAUAUGUAUAUGCAUGGUUGCAUUGUUAAGUUUAACAGUAAAGGAAGAGGAAAUGAGAAAAAUGUUCUAUGUGAAGUCUUUUAGUGUAUUUAUUAUGGUAAGAGAUUUUUGACACACUUCACACAUUUUGACUGUCAGUUAUCUCAUAUGCAUAUCAAA